CACUAAUUUUUUUUUUUACAAAUUGUUUUACAGUUUCUUACACCAGACCAGUCAUCAUUCUUGGACCACUGAAAGACAGAAUAAAUGAUGAUCUCAUAUCAGAGUACCCUGAAAAAUUCGGAAGCUGUGUGCCACAUACGACACGGCCGAAACGAGACUAUGAGGUAGAUGGAAGAGAUUAUCAUUUUGUGGCAUCCAGAGAGCAGAUGGAACGAGAUAUCCAGAACCACUUAUUCAUCGAGGCUGGGCAGUACAAUGAUAACUUAUAUGGCACCAGUGUGGCUUCAGUGAGAGAGGUCGCUGAAAAGGGCAAACAUUGUAUUUUAGAUGUAAGUGGAAAUGCCAUAAAGCGACUCCAGAUGGCAAAUUUACAUCCCAUAGCUAUAUUCAUAAAGCCAAAGUCCGUAGAAUCAAUCAUGGAGCUGAACAAAAGGAUAACGGAAGAACAAGCACGUAAGACUUUUGAACGAUCUGCAAAAUUGGAACAAGAAUUUGCCGAGUAUUUCACAGCUAUCGUACAAGGAGACACACCCGAAGAAAUCUACGAGAAAGUGAAAGAGGUGAUCCGGGCCCAGUCCGGCCCCACCAUCUGGAUCGCAGCAAAAGAAAAACUCUGAACGUAUAUCAAAAAACUCAACUCGUCUCUCAUGGUUUGUGAAUACAAAAUCCAUUCUGUAAAUUGCACAGCCAAAGAGCCCUCGUACAGAAAAUUUCUGCAGCUCUUUGAAGGGAUUAACCAAAAACAUUACAACAGAAUGUAAUUCCAGUUAUGCGUGGGCCUGCGCUCUGAUACGACCACGGACAGCCAGAGCCCAUCGAAAUGUGAUCCCGUCAGUCAAAAGGAAUUUUGUGACCGAAAAAAGAGUUGCAUUUCCCAUCUGGAUUAUAUGACUGCAUUCCUUGAUUCAUAAUUAUGUUGAUAUCCUCCCUAUUUUUGUCAUCGUGAAUUGCAUUUUGCACCUCUUAUCACAAAGUCGUUAACCAAUGUUCCAUUUUCGAGCAUCGUUCGUUCCCUUUCAUAACCUUCGAGCUUCUUUUUUGUGAAACUGAAAAUAAAUAUUUUGUAACCGAAAUAUCUCUGGUAAUCUGGAUGUUAAAUAACACAAAAGGGAAGAAAAUAUUCUGCGAGUCAUACUUAAAAAGUGAAAAAAAUUAUUGCCUUAUUCCUCAAAGCUUCAUUAUAAUUCUACCUCUUAAAGAAAUCAUUUCCACAUUAACAAACACACAUUAAAAAUGCAAGCACAAAACCAAUGUAUUUUAUAGUUGCUGCAAUCAAUAACGUUCUAAAUUUUAUUAGAAUUGACCCUGAAACAACCAAUUUAUACUUAGGCCAUGAAACAUACUGUAAAAUAACUGGUAAUUUUAAAACUACUCCUUUCUUGCAAACUAUUGAAAACAAGACAAUGUAAUUUUCAGUCAAUGUAGUGACAUAGCUUUAAAAUGUAUCCCAAGCUUACAACAAUGCAUUUAUUACAAAAAAUAUUUCAUGCUGUACUGAAAAUUACCUUCUCCCAUUUCCAGACGAGGUGUACCUAUAAAACACUAAGUGUACCUAUAUAGUGGCAUCGAUAUUUAAGAUUCCAGACAUAUUUCGGAUACCUCGUGCUGCGCCUGAGUAUUCGAAGUACAAGAUAUAUCUUACAGCUUAUACAAUUAAGGAAGCAACAGUGUAAAUUUAAAAAAUCUUGUCGUUACGUUCGCCGUUUUGAAUAUUUUCCAUUUUUAAUAGCCGUUAAGUCGAUUUCUGUGCCAGUAGGCUAAAGUAUCAGUUUGAUAUUCUCAAUUCAUUGCAUGCUUGUCUGUAAAUGACGUCAUUUUUUUUAGCCUUAUUGUGUGACGGUUGCCAUCGGCUCAGAAAAAUGUGCUGUGAAGCAUUUCAAGAUGUUUGCCACCAACUGAGGUGUUUAUUGCUCAUUAAACUCUUGUUUCUGUACUAUAUAUAAAGCUUCUCUAUGAAAUAAAUAUUCUAUGGAAUAUUUACGAAAAA